AUGAACCCCUCUGUUGUGGCUGCUCACAAGAGGAUUGGACUUCUCCAAAAGUUCAACAAAUGGCAAGGGAAGGCCAUUGAAAAGAUGCAAAAGUCCAUGGACAAGAUGGUGAGCAAGAUCAAGAGUUUGGAGAAGAAGGUUUCUGGUUCUUCAUCCAAGAAGAAGAAGGCAACCAUGGCCCCCACAUUCCUAGGAGUAGAUCUCUCCUCACCACUCCAAGGAGGCUUCAUACCCAAGAGCCUCACAGAGCCUCAUCAUUUGAGCCAAGGGAAGGAGAAGACAACUCGCAGAGGAGGAGGAAGAGUUCCAAGGCUCGACGCAGCAGCUCGACCACAUGACUCGAUGAUAUAUCCAUAUCUUUCAUGUUUUUAUCAAGGUCAAAAUAGCAAAGAAGAGUCCAAAAUGGAGCAAAAAGAGUCAAAUCACCAAGUUCCCAAGUCUAGAGCACCAAAUCUACAUUUCUCGCUAAAGACCAAACCGGAGCAUCCGAAGUACGACCGCAUGUUCAUGCCUUCCCGACGUCCAAAAGUCAUGAUUCUUAUAUGGAAAGAUAGAUAUUUGAGUCGUGACCCGCGGCGAAGUGGAAAGAGGUCAUUUGGAUCACUCGUUGGACCGGAACUUAUUUUCUACCAAGACAUGUCCGACGAGCGCCUAAGUAGAGCCCAUGGAGACUUUGAUGGAUCAAGAGGCCCGGAUACCGCGCCCAAGGCCUUGGCUCGUCUUGACACUAGCAUAACUCAAUCCAGAAGCUUCCAUUGGCCUGAACGCGGCCCAUUCAAGAACUUGGAGAGCAAGCUCAAGCGGCUAAAGAGAAAUGGAAACUUUCCUCUUCUGCGCGCGCUCAACUUUGCCGACCUAGACCCGCUCUCUACCUAUAUAUACUUGCUUUUAGCCUCUUAUGCCGCAUCACUCGAUCGAGUCCAAACUGAGGAAACUCAACUCGGUCGAGCUGAGGGUCGAGUUGGUCUUGAGGGGUCAGAAUUCGAGAACCCUGGGUUCGAGUACGAUCCGACACCUUACCAGGAGUAUCCCCAGAGCAGGUGGAACCCAUACGGUCAGUUCGAGCUAGCCAGGCUCCACCAAGGCCAAGGGAGCCACACACACUUCAACGAUGAAGAGGAAGAAGAGGAGCCGCAAGCUCGAUCAAGCGAGGUGAACCCGGUUGAGUGGAGUACCCCUGAUGGCCGCCUGCCCUCUCCUGACCACGACCUUGCCUCCCAGUUAUUUGGGGGGGCACUGAGUUUAGAGAAGAUUGUGGAGUGCCAAUCAUGUUUCAUCUCACGCCUUGUUCGUGUAGUCCGCCACAUUGCACCAGAGAGACUCUUUCGCCCUUCUCUCACUGCUAGAGAACCAUAUGAGCCUGACCUUGGUGAGUUCUCACUAGAUUCAGAGCUUGGUUCAGAAGGCGAUGGCCCCAUAGAAGACGAAGAGUUCUUCUCACCGCCACACUGA